AUGAGUCAAACAGAAUCCGAAAAAGCAAGGCCGGUCAAAAUCUGGACUGAUUCAUACUUCUACAAGCACAGAUGUCUGGAAAAUUCGUUCAAGGAACUAAUUUUACGCGUCUAUUACCGAUUUUGGGCAAAAAAGUUGCCUGUUCGAAAAGACUACGAAAUGCUGCAUGUAUUUGUAAAACAGCCGAUGCAUUUGAGACACUCAGUCUGUUACCAAGUUUUGACUGAUUUGAUCAGAGUGCGAGAAAAACUAGACUUGAAACAUAUUUAUUAUCGAGAACUCAAGUAUUUUCUUCGUAAGUUAAUACGAAUUAUUUACCCGAGAUUCAGAAGUGCGGGACCUUUGUCAGUUUCCAAAAUGUCAGUUACAAGCAAUUUCUUAACUGAAACAAGGCAUGGAUCACUGGAACACAUCAACAAAAUGGACGGAAAAUAUAAGUUGCUCAAAGCUGAAGGUGAUUGCCCCGACGGUUUUGUUCGCAUCUCAAAAAUUGUUCGAAAAAUUACAGGAGUUCACAAACGGGCUCCCAAAAAAAGGUUCAGACGGGUUACCAGUUGGCAGUCGGGGUCAUCGAAGGUCGGCGAUGAUUCGUCAACGACUUACGACAAGCCGGCUCCUGCAUUUGCAAGUGACUCAUCUCAAAGCGAAAUAUCAUCUCAUUCGGAAACAUACGAAGACACCUCAGAAUCUAGAUUACAACCGGGAAAUCAGAAUCUACGAAUGGGAAGCGAGCACGUAUUUGACUCAUCAUUCAGUUCAGUCUCAGAUAUUCAGCUAGGGUCGGCACAGAAGCUUCCGAGCUUGGUUGUAGACUCAAUUCCCGUUGCCACUAGUUCGGAAGCCGGAAAAACUGGUACUGGAAAGAAUGUUCAGAAAAACGGAAAGACAACUGUUUCCGAUGCCUUGAGAGUUUCAAUAAUGGACACAAAACUGCAACAAGGUCAAUUGAACCCCGAUAGCUCUGAUGCUACAAGUGAAUUAGAGUCUUCAGAACAAGGAUUUCUCAAAAAUAUCAAAGGAAUUUUCAGCAAAGGUGACAAACAAAGUAAAAACAAAACUAGGGCAAAGCGACAGCACGCUAAGAGCGCUGGGAAAAAAGGUCAAAAGUCAAAUGAGGGUUCUGACAUGUCGGAAAUUGGCAGUUCAAAAUCAGUUUCGUUCAAAGACAAAGAGAAGAACGCGACUCAAGUGCAGAAUUAUGAAGAAAUGGGUGUUUUGGAUGUCGGUGAGCUGGAAAAGUUCCAGCAGGAGGCCCAGUUUUGGAGACACGAGCCAGGAAUUGUGCGAAGGACAAGUAUCCAUGGACGCAUGUCGAUGCUCUUCAAAUCUGCUUUCAGAGUGGGCGCGAAAGAUAGCGACUGUCUCUGGCGUGAGUUGCAUGAUGCGGAGUUGAAAGCGAGCAACUUCAAGACACGCUUCAUCUUCAUUGACCCGUCCCGACUGGUCAUGACAGUCCACUCCUACCUCAUCAAAGCCAUAGACCAACUGCGGAUUGUGCAGAAGAAUAUGUUCUCUUACUUGUUGGAGCUGAAAAAUCACUUGACACUGAAGCAGAAAGAUCUCAAGAGGAGAGCUGUGGGAGGGGGCAAGGACAGGAGAAAGCAGGAAGCAGACAAUGCCAGAAUCACUGGAGGCGAUGUCGCCAUCUGGAGCACAAAAAUUUUUGACGAAUGGGUCGCUCACACGGACGCAACACACAACAGUCUGAGCAAUCUGAAACACUGUCUUAAACACAUGACGAUGAGACUGGAUAAAGUCUGCAACGAAAUGCUUGCUCUCUUAGACGCGCAGAAAGAAAACACUCUCAAAACUUCAGUGAAACUGAGACAGUUUUCUCUUUCGAGUCCGAGUCACACGAUGGAAAAUAUGUGGUCUCUGUUUUCAACCAGGCUUCUAGAAAUGGUGAUUACAGAUUACAACAAUAUAGGAUACAUGCAAAUGGUGGUGUUCAACAACCUACCCGAGCAUCGAGAAAUGCCCUACCCGUCAGGUGUGGCGAUGUUGAUCAGACAACGAUUGAAACGGAAGAUUUCAAUCAUAGAUGAAGAUUUUAUUAUUCUCGACCAUAUCCUGAAAAAGUUAUAG